AUGCGGUCUGCCGCUCUCUGCCUGCUCUCGACACUUCCCCUUCCUCUCCUGAUGCAGUACAUCUACCCGAAGAUGUACUCUCUCCACGACAUGCCGGACAAUGCGGGCUUGCCCGAUGAGCAGACGGGAGAGAUUGUCCUUCCUCCCCCGGUGAACCUGUCCUCGGAGCGUAUCGUUCCGUUUGGACUGUACCUCAUCGACGACGGACAGACGCAGUUCCUCUGGGUCGGCCGCGACGCGGUGCCACAGCUCGUCCUCGACGUAUUCGGUCUGCCCGACAAGUCGCAGCUCCGCGUGGGCAAGCAGAACCUGCCGGAUCUGGACAACGACUUCAACCAGCGAGUGCGGGCGGUGGUCGAGAAGAGUCGGGACCACCGGUCGAAGGGAGUGGGCAGCAUCGUGGUGCCGCACCUCUACGUGGUGAAGGAGGACGGGGAACCGGGUCUCCGCCUGUGGGCACAGACGAUGCUCGUGGAGGACCGGGCCGACCAGAGUGUCAGUCUGGUGCAGUGGAUGGGUUCAUUGCGCGAAAAGGUUUGA